GGUGUUUUAUACAAUCUUUUAUGUAAAUAAACAUUUUAUGAGCACAUAACCUUGAGAAUUUCACAGACACUAAUCAUAGACGUGCGAUAGGUAAUAGUCACGGCCGACCGUAUCGCAAUGGAAACUUACAAACAAUUUAUAGUUAAAAAAAUUUUUGCUAAUAUUACAGUCUCAAGAAGAACACUUUUAGACGCAAUAUUUUUCAACAAAAGCGGUCGUAAGUCAUUAAAUAUGGUAAGAUCUAUAGCUUACAAAAGUGCUGCUAUAGUAUUUCUUUUCUACACGUUUUGUUAUUAUGAUCCUCUAUCAAGUUGGUCAAACUUCAAAAAGUUCCAUCUAUCACGCUAUGAGACAUUACCGAUCGUAUUUAUCAUGGUUUUUGACAUAUGCAUGGCUACGUACUUUGUACAAAAUACCAUACGGCGAGCCGAUUAUGAGUUCAUCAAGCGCAAAUAUCGCUGGUGGGAGCGGUAUGACGAACUGUUAAACCCGUUGCAGCGCAAGAUUCUCUGGACAAACAAAUUCGAAGGAGGUUGUCCUGAUUUGUUCCGAAUGUAUGAUGAACUUGACGCAGCCGAAUGUGAAAAAGCCACAUGCGGUAGGAUCUGAAGCCUUUCAUACUCAUAAAAAAAUCGAAAAUGACCAUGGCCACCUAUUUAUAUAACAUAUACGUACAUCGGCACAAUAAACUAUUAAACAUU